UGGUUUGACGCUGUGCAAAGGAAAGGGAAGAGGCGGGGCUUAAGAUUCAGUGAUGGUUGCCGCGAUGUUCCCGGGUGUGUGAUAGGCCUGCGUGUUAGAAAAUAUUGCCGUUUAGCACUGUUCCGUGCCCGAUUUUUCAGACGAGAAGUAAUUGGAGGUGACGAGACUGCUGUGGGCCUUGAGACGAGGUGAACGCGGGAAGCCCCGUAGCAGCGGGAACGAGCGGGACGCUGUAUCUCCGGUGCUGGACGAGGAGCCCCUGACCUAUGUGAAGCAUAGGACGGCUUUUAUUUCGGUGUCCGGCUGCCGACAGUUGUCACGGCGGUGACUGUUUUCAGGCAAAAAGAUGCAAAAUUUGUCUGCCCAAGUAACAAGCGAGUUACUGCAAUUUCCUGAUGCAACUAUAAAAGCACUUCAGGAAGAUGAUAUACAGUUGGAUUCUGUUCUUCGGGCAAAAUUUGCAACAGGUAAAGCUGGACUAGCUUGGCUGGCUUGUGGACCUCAGCUGGAAGUUGUUAAUGCUUUAACAGGUGAAAGGCUUUCUGCCUAUCAUUUUAGCGGAGUGACUGAACGACCGCCUACUGUUGUGACUGUCAAAGAGUUUUCAUGGCAGAAGAGGACUGGAUUACUUGUGGGACUAAUUGAAGCCGAAAGCAGUGUUCUCUGCCUAUAUGAUGUUAGCAUUUCAAGAGUAGUUAAAGCUGUUGUACUUCCCGGUUUGGUAACUUCUGUUGAACCUAUAAUCAAUCAUGGUGGAGCUAGCGCAAGCACUCAACAUUUACAUCAAAGUUUGAGGUGGUUCUUUGGCGUUGCUGCAGUGGUCACAGAUGUUGGCCAUGUUCUUCUUAUUGAUUUAUGCUUAGAUGAUGUAUCGGGCAAUCAAGAUGAACUGGAAGCAUCAGACUUGGAAGUAAUGAGUGGGAUACCAGCUGAAAUCCCAAAACUGAGAGAAGUAGCAUCAAGGGAACGCCGCCAUUUAUGUCUUCAAUUGCUAGCCCCAACAGGAACUUCAGUAACUGCCCUCAGCUUUAUAAGCAGAACUAACCAGCUGGCUGUUGGAUUUUCUGAUGGAUAUCUUUCCUUAUGGAACAUGAAAACUUUAAGAAGAGAAUACCAUGUUCAAAUUGAAGGUGGAAAAGUUCCUGUGUCUGCGGUUACUUUUCAAGAGCCUGAGAAUGACCCCCGGAAUUGCUGCUAUCUUUGGGCUGUUCAGGCCACUGAGAGCGGAAAAGAUGUAAGCCUACACUUGUUGCAGCUGGCAUUUGGGGACAGAAAAUGCUUGGCGUCCGGACAAAUUAUGUAUGAGCACUUGGAAUAUUGUGAAGAAAGAUACAGCUUGGAUCUUUCGGCUGGCUCUUUGUCUUUGAGAAGUCAAAAUAACAGUACAAAGUUACUGGGCUGUCAAACCAUAGAAAAAUUCCGUGCUCACAGCGAAAGAGAAGAUGGACUUCAUGAAGUUACAUCACCUGAUACCAGUGUCACAGUCUUCAGCUGGCAAGUAGCUACUUAUGGACAUGGUAAACCUUCCAUCUAUAUGGCAGUGUUUGAUAUAAAUCGUUGGUAUCAAGCUCAGAUGCCAGAUUCUCUAAGGCCUGGUCAGUUUCUCAGGAAUUGCUCCUACUUUGCAUUCUGGUCCCUCGAAUCUGUGUUGAAUGUGACUCAGGACAACAUAUUUGAUAUGCUUGUGCAUGAGCGUAGUUUUAGCAGAGGAGCUCCAACAUCAUACCCUCCUCCAGAGCAGUUUUACUACCCCAGCACUUACAAUUUUGAUGCCACAUGUUUGCUGAGCUCUGGAAUAAUUCAUAUUACUUGCACUGGGUUUCAGAAAGAGACUCUGUACUUUUUGAAGAAUUCUGGCUCUUCCUUGAAUGAAACCGUUCCUGAUGGCUAUAAUCGAUGUUUAGUUGCUGGUCUGUUGUCUCCAAGACUGGCUGAUGUCCAGCCUUCAAGCUUAAGUCAAGAAGAACAAUUACAAGCUGUGUUAUCAACAGCUGUAGAAACUAGUUCAAUAAGCUUUUUAACUCGUUGCAUCAAACUGUGGACUGCAGAAGAGCAACCAAGAUCUGCAGCCAACUUGCGAUUUGUUCUGGAGUGGACAUGGAAUAAAGUGGCUCUUGUAAAGAGGGAAUUUGACAGACUGUGUUUUCCAUUGUUUGAUGGAUCUUGUAAUUUUAUUGACCCUCAAACACUGCAUUCUCUGCAUAACUGUCAGGUGCGUCUCCGCAACCUGACUAUCGUCUUAAACUGCUUUAUUACAGAAGCCCAGGAACUUACUAAACAAGGGAUUAUAGACCUAGCAAACAAACAGUCUGUGACAAAGCUCUUAGCUCAGUAUGCCUCUAUUGUGCUUUGGUUUUGCCGAUGUGGACUUCUACCAGAUUGCUCAGAUGAAGCGAUGCAGUUGAGCCGACCUUGCUACAGUUACAAUCUAAUGCAGCAGUAUUACGCAGAUCGGCGGAAAAAAAUAGAGCAUUUAUCUAGAGGCAAAUGGAACACCAGUACUUUGAUGAUUGAUGGAAUGGUUUGUCAGCUUGGGGAAAAAGCUGAGCAGUUAUGGAAGAGAGAUGGAGGCACAGGCAAAUAUCCACCUGCUACCUUGCAUGCACUUUUGGAUCUAUAUCUCCUAGAAAAUGCAGAUGACCUAAGCAAGCAUGCUGUUACAAUUUAUUUUUUAUUGGACAUCAUGUACUCCUCUCCAGACAAGCCUAAUUCUUCCAUUGAGUCUUUUCCUACUGCUUUUUCUGUCCCUUGUGGACUCAUAAAGCUUAUUCAAGGAUUUUGGCUGUUGGAUCACAAUGAUUACCAGAAUUCUCUGGACUGUAUUCUUCACCCAGCUGCAAGCCGUGUGAUGAGCUGGCAGCAUAAUCAAAUAAUUGAAACUUUAAUGUGCCAAGGAGAUUACAGACAAGCCCUGCGCUACAUACAAGUAAUGAAGCCUCCAGCAGUUACAAGUGCAGAAGUCAAACUGCAAAUCACUGUGCUGCUGACUAACAAAAAUCUUAUUGAGGCCUGGAAUCUACAGAGGCUUCACUCUACCAGACUGAAUGUAGAAGAACUUUUAAAACACAUGUAUGAAACAUGCCUGGAAGUGGGACUCAUAGAAGAUCUGUUAAAACUAACAUUCACAGAUUCUGAGCAAGAAUUUUUGCACAGGUUUUUGCAGACUGGAGGUGUGCAAAAUCAAGAACUGCUUCUGGUGCAUUACUUGCAGAGAGCCAAUUACAUCCCAGCUCUGCAGCUGAACCAGUCUUUGAAAGGUUAUCAUAUGUUUGAUUCAGAUCGAAAGCUUCGAGAGAGAGCAGUAGCCAGGAACGCUAUACUUGAUCAGUAUGGCAAAACACUGCCAGGGGUGCAGCGGACUCUUGCAAAUGAAAGGACUAAGCACUCGGCAUUAUCAACGAUUUGGAAGGAAGUGACAAGGCCCAAGCCUUUAUCUACUGUUGUAAAACAAGCGCCAUCAGGAAGUGUUAUGAGCAAGGCAACUUUUAUCAGCAAUGUAUUGAUGAAGAUAAAAGAAGUAUCUGCCACAGACAUUAACAUGGACUUCUCACCCUACAAAAGCAUAACUACUGAAGAGCAGAAUCCAGUAACUGCUUUUCCACAUUUAGAAAUGACUGAUGCAUUUAUUGGUACACCGAUAUCCAAAUCUAGAAGAGUGUCAAGAUUACUGGAUUCUAUUGUCCAUCCUGUCUUUACAGAGCUUUCAACUUUAGAUGCAGAUUUUGAGGUGGCUAAUGAGCGAACUCCUCGUAAAUCUUCCAUGUUGAUUACUUCUAGUCCUGUCCAAUCUAAUCUAAGGAAAAUGGCACAGUUGAGAAAUUUGACCAAAGCAUCAGAGUUUACCCUUCUGGAAACUCCUAUCGUCGUAAAGAGGGCAAAAGCUUUGGCUGCAAGCUCGGUUUCUUCUGUAUUUACGAUGCAUACGCCUCAGUCUAUUUUGAGGUCCAGUGCUCGAACUACCCCUCUGGCUUCUCCUUCAGUUUCUCCUGGAAGAUCGGUUACGCCUCCUUUACGACCUAGAGAGGCUAAAAUCUCUUUCAUGGAACAAAUCAGUAACAAAUAUAUCAAAGGGGUUUUAACACCUGACAGGGAUUUGCCAGCAUCCUCCCCACUAAUAAGAUCUACUCAGGAUACCAUUUGGCCAGAAAGGAUGACAUUGUCUAUAAGCAACACCUCUACUAAAGACCUUGAUGAGAUUGAUGAGUCUUCAUCUGGUAUUCAGGAUGGAAGUCCCAGCAAGAGGGAAGCCAGUAGGGAUGCAAGUAAUGUAUCUGCAAGGUCGGAUCAGACAACACUGGAGUAUCAUGAUGCUCCAACACCUGAAGAUUUGGAAGAUGAUGCAGUUGCUGUAACAGCUAAAUCAGAGCUUAUCAUUAAAGACUCCUUGCCUUCUGAAGUGAGCAGCUUAACAGCAGCAGAAAUCCAUGUUACAGAUGUUCAAGAUUUGCAAGAUAAAGAUACAGCAGAUGCAAAUACAGACGAUCUUUCAGUAUCUGAAAAUGACACAGAAACAUUACACCAGUUUACUGCCGUGCAGGAAAUUGUUACUCAAGUUAAGUGUGAUUCGGAGGAGGUAGAAGAUGAUAAUGCUCAGACAGUUGCUGUGGAUCCGGAAUCUGUCUCUUCCACCCAGGACUCUGCAUCUGUUAUUAGUAUUCAUGACAGUGAAGACAUUGCAAGUGCACAUUCAGAACAUCUAAAUGAAGAACACGAGGUGGUGGAGCUCAAUGGAGAAGUUGAAUUACAAGUUGUAGAAAACAAAAGUCUAGUGAUUGAGGAAUACCCUGUGGCUAGAUCCCCACUUCAUCGCAGCUUGCAAGAGAAGGACAAGGAUUUAAAGGAAAAAGAGGCAUCUGAACUCAUGACCAGCUGCCAUAAGUUGCAUUCAGCUGUUGAAUUCCAGGUGGAUUCAAAUGCUGAACUUAUUGAAGAUCACUACAAAUGUGAACGUUCUGAUGAUAGGAAUGCCAUGGAAACUGAUGAUGAUGUAGAGAAUGCUGUAGCUGCUAGUAAUUUUACAUUAGUCCUUGAGGAAGAAGGAGAAGAGGAAGAAGGAGAAAAUAAAGCUGCAGAGUCUGAAGCUCUUGAAUCCGAACAUUCAGACAAAGAACUAAAAACCAUUUCAAAGAUAUUAAUGACUGAGGAAUAUGCUGGCAAAAUUAAAAUUACCGACACAUGCCCUGCAAAUGCAUUCACCCUUGUAGAUGGUGAACAUAAGACAAAAAUUAUGGAGACCUUGCCUUACGUGCCAGAACCAAUUAAGGUAGCUGUAGAAGAAAACUUGCUAGAUGUAUUCAAAAGUACAAGCGGCAAAGAUUUUAUUUCUGAAGGGGAUAACGAAUUGGCCCGUGAAAAUGAGUCUCUAAAGAAGCGCAGAAGUGUCCGCACUUCUAGGACGCCUGCAAAAAAAAAGGAAACCAAAUCGGAUGUGGAAGCUGAGAGAGUUAUCCAGGCUGUAACGCCACUAAAAAGAUCAGAUGUUGCAAGGCUUGGAGAAGCUUUAGAAACCUCACUAAUGGGAGACUUUUCUGAGGUUGCUAACCCCCAAACCCCACGGAGGACUGUAAGGAAAUCGACAAGAUCUGAAAGUACUAGUGCUGAUCCGGAGGUUCAGCAUCCAGUAACUCCAAGAAGAGGGAGAAAACCCAAAGUAAAUGAAGAAAAGCUGACACUUUCCACUUCACAGGAGGAACAACCAGCCUCACAAAUUUUCAGAAGGAAAAGAAACCAAGUUUCUGAAAAAAGUCAAAGUUCUGAAGUGGAAUUAACAAGUGUAGAGGAGGUAACGGCACAGCUGCCACUCUCUCCAGCUAGAACUCGUAGAGGUAAAGCUCCCAUUUUAGAUCAAGUGAACAAAGGAAAUGAAGACUUGCCAGAUCCAAAGGUUGGUGUUCUAACACCGCCUAGGAUUACAAGAUCAUCUAAAAUUAUACAGGAAGCUGAAACGGAAGCAAUAGCUAAGAUUUCUGAAAUGGAAACCGAACAAGUUACUACACCUACAAGAGGUCGUAGGGGAAAGCGUGCUGUAAAUGAGUUGGUGAAGCAUUUUGAGCUUAAUGACAUUCAAACAAAUCCCAGUCCGCCGGUUUCUCCAAAAAAAGUGUCCUUACGAUGGUCAAGAAUAAAAUCCGAAAAUCUGAUGGAUGUUCCAGCAGCUGAGCAAGAAAAUGCAGAGUCUCAAGAGCAAAUUGAAGACACACCUAGGAAAAGGCUAAGAAGCUCCAAUAUUGGCAAACCAGCAGAGGAAUUCACGGAUCCAUCUAAAAAAACUAUUUUGUUAGAACAAGCUGAAGAGCCUACAUUGACCAAAGUAACAAAGCAAGGCAACUUGUCUGUCAGACAGAUGAGAAAACGUACUCUUCCUUCAGUUUCAGAGGAAAGUGUGGAUGAAAGGCUAAAUGCUUUGCACCCAGUAGACAGUCAACACAUGGAACCUAAUGCUGAUCAAGAUGACCAGACUAAAAGCACCCGUUUAACAAGGACUCGACUGAGUAAUGCUUCCACAUUUCCAGAUCCCUCCACAGUUACAUUUGCAUUCACCACUCCUACUCCAAGACGUCGAAAGAAUACAAAAGUUGAACCAGUGGCUCCUCCCAUCUCUCCGGAGUCUAUACAGCCCCCUGUCGCUCCUCAGUACAUCUUCUCUCCCCCUUCUCUGGGGUCAAGAAGGAAAACCAGAAACACCACUAUAGGAACAGAGAAGGAACAGGAUUCAAAGAUUCCAGAAACUGUGGUUUCUGAAGAACAAAUAAUAAAAAGACCAAGGGGAAGACCUCCUAAACAUAAAGGGAACAAACCCGGAAAGUCAGUAGAUAAAGCAACCUUGUCACCCCCAUCUGUAGAAAUUCAGCUUCUUUCACCACCAGAAAGCCCAGAUAUUGACUCCAAAAACACAAAGUCUGUAGCCACAGAAACCAAAGAAGUGAGAAGAACCAGGAGACGAAUAGUAUCAAAGCCUGUAACGCGCCGGAAGAUCAGAUGAUUACGAUUUUAUUAUUUUUUUAAAUUCUGCAUGUGUAUUACCUGUAAUAUUAAAAUAUAUUAACACACAACUGGUCUCGGGGAGGAUAAUUUAUAUAAAUUAUUGUAAAUGUUCUUAAAAGUGUAAAUUACAAAUCGAGUUCACGUGUCGGGAGAAUAUUCUUCCUAUACAAAAGAAAUAUUUUCUAUUUUGUAUUAAAUCUUCAUACCUUUAUAAAAUAUGUAAUAUAGUUUCAUGGAAUGGUCAAUAAAACUAUUGUGUUUUGAAAUAU